UGAAUCGACCGGUUUACCGAUCAGUGCCUGUUCACGAUCACUUUUACGAAAAUAGGGAAAAACAACUUUAUUGUAGGCAAAUAAGCAUUAAAGAUGGCUGGAAUCGCAUGUUCUAUCUAUUCAUUUCUCUCAAAGUAGCCAUGUCGCCUACAAAAUGUGCUCGUUUUCGAUCAGUGAGCCGAUGAAUCUGAGCCGGUGUGCUUGCGUAGAUAUUAUAUUAAAAUCUUACCGAAAAAUUAGUGGGAAGCAACUAUUGAAUGGUAGGGGUAUCAAAAAGACCAAUUAGACGACUUUUCUCAUACAAGGAGGAAGACCUAAAAAAUGCUAUUGAUUCAAUUAAAAACCAAUUAAUGGGAUACAGAGAAGCUUGCCGCUAUUACGGUGUUCCAUUUGCAACUGUGCAUGACCGUCUGAGUGGUAAAGUAGCUGUCAACAAGAAACCGAAAGUAGGCCCGGAUCCUGUUUUAGGUGUACAAGGGGAGGAAAAGCUAACUAAAUGGAUUAUUGAUAUGGCAAAAUGUGGCUUCCCUUUGAAUAAGCAGGAUUUAUUAGAAAGCGUCUCAAAAAUUAUAGCAAAAUCUGGUGCCAAAACGCCGUUCAAAGAUGGGAAACCAGGAGAUACUUGGUACCAAAAAUUCUUAAAGCGGCAUCCGCAAAUUAGCAUUCGCGAGCCAGAAGGGAUCAAUAAUGCAAGGGCGGUUUUAACAGAAAAACGCAUACGAUGUUGGUUCAAGGACCUGCGAGAAUUUAUAGAAUCUAUAGAUGCAAUGGACAUAUUUCAAGACCCAGAUAGAAUAUUUAAUGGUGAUGAAACCGGCUUUUCUCUUUCUCCAAAAAGUGGAAAAGUUUUGGGACCGAAAGGGUAUAAAAAUUUGUACGUCAUCAAGAAAAAUAAUGAAAAAGAAAACAUUACAGUUUUGCUGGUGUUUUCCGCAAGUGGACAAUUGUGCCCGCCUUUGGUUAUAUUUCCAUAUGUGAGGCCGCCAAAGGCAUUAGUUGAUAAUAUGCCGGAAUCGUGGGUCCUUGGCCGCUCAGAAAGUGGCUGGAUGAAAAGUGACGUAUUUUACGAGUACAUAACCAACGACUUCAACGCUUGGCUAACGAAAAAUAAAGUCAAAAGGCCAAUUAUAUUAUUUAUUGAUGGUCAUAAAUCACACAUGACAUUUCCCUUAAGUGAAUUUUGCCAAGCAAAUGGCAUAAUUCUUUAUGCCUUGCCCCCAAAUAGCACGCAUAUGCUACAACCAGCGGAUGUGAGUGUAUUUAGGCCUCUGAAACAAAACUGGAAAACAACUGUCAAAGAGUGGCAGUCAGAUAAUAUAAACCAAGUGGUGACAAAAUUGAACUUUUGUUCUGUUUUAAAUAAAACGUUGACAGAAACUCACUUAGCAGAUAUUAUAAGCAAUGGGUUCCGAAGAUGCGGCUUAUAUCCUCUCAAUGAAGAUGCUGUAGAUUAUACAAAAUGUGUUAAAGACACGCAACAAAAUGUCGGAAGAGAACGAGUACAACAUCAAAAUGCAUCCGAAAAAACCGCAACUGCAAAAGAGUUUGACGCAGCUAUAAAAGUCAUCUCAAUACUUAAGUCUGAAUUGGCCGAACGCAGUAUAGAAUCAGGACACAUUCUUGAAGAAAUCGAAAAAGCCAAAACAAAAUGCUUACAAAAACGGCGCUCUAAGUCUAAGACGCCUCGAAAUUCUGCAGCGUCAAACCAAAGCACUUCUAUUAUUAAUAUUACCAACGAGAUUUUGGCAGAUAUAACUCCAGAUAACUUAAAUUUCGACAACCCAAAUACGGUCCUGGAUGUUGCCCAACCUAGACAGAACAUUCUAAUUGAUGCUUCAGAAUUGUUAACCGACUCCUUGUGUGUCACUGAUGAAACUAUUACUGAAAAUAUAAGCUUACAUCAGCCAGGCUCAUUUAUAUCACUUAAAAAUAUAUCGGUUAUGCCUCUUGAAGAAAUUCAGAUAUCACAUAUUUCACAGCCGACCCUUGCACAACAACAACAAAGUCCAAUGGAAUCUGCUGAUGACCAAUGCUACACGGUCACUGUAUUAGCAGAUGUCCAUAGCCAAAACGAUAACCACGCAACCGUCUUAAUCAAUCAACAGAAUGAACCCGAUGAAAUAUUAUCUUUCGAUGACAUUUUCGAAAAACAUUUACGCUUCCCGGAGCCACCAGAAUGGAAAGAUAAAAAACGUAAUGCAUCCAAAUUACCCAGUGCAAUAUCCUCACAAGCUUGGCGGGAACAUUAUAAGAAAAAAGACGAAGAAAAAGAGAAUCUCGUGUUAGAGAAAAAGAGAAGACAACAGUUGAGAGCAGAAGAAAAGGAAAAGAAAACUGUGGAGAAAAGAAAGAAGAAAAAGAAGACGGUACUGAAAAAAGGAACUAAAAAAGCUGCUGUGCAAUGUAGCGAAUGCUUGGAAGCAUUAAUAAGCGAUGUUGAGGAUGAUGCAGAAAAAAACAUAGGUUGCGACAACUGUAUCCGUUGGUUUCAUCUUAAAUGUACAGAGAUGUGUAACAAAUCCUAUGUAGAAGCGGCAAUCUCAACAUACACAUGUCCAUUUUGCAAUAAGUGUGAAACGGAAACCAAUCAUUGAUACAGUUUAUUAAUUUCAAGCUCUCUAAACUGACCAAUUAAUAAAGUUUUAGUGCUCAAUCUUA